UCGGCCCGUCACCCAACCGGAACGACGGCGACGGCGACCAUGGAGGCGCCCGCCGGCGGCGAAGGGGUGUCGUCGAGGGGAAAGGAGGCCAUGGAGGGCGACGCUGCUCCUGCUCCUGCAGCUGCAGCUGCUGGUUCGGCGGCGGCCCGCGAGGGGGAGGGGGAGGAGGAGGAGGGCGUGCUGUGCGGCGUCUGCCUGACGGACGCGCGGCGGGCGGUGCGCGGGGAGCUCGACUGCUGCGACCACCACUUCUGCUUCGUCUGCAUCAUGGCGUGGGCGCGGGUCGAGUCGCGCUGCCCCUUCUGCAAGGCCCGCUUCCGCGCCAUCCGCCGCCCACCCGUCCCCGGCCGCUUCCCCUCCGAGCGCCUCGUCGCCGUCGCCGAGCGCAACCAGGUGUGCAAUUCUUCGGGCAACACUGUAGAUGCUGAUCUUUAUGCAAACACCAGCUGCACCAUGUGUAACCUCUCCAAUGAUGAUGACCUGAUGCUGUUAUGUGAGCUCUGUGACUCUGCCGUGCACACUUACUGUGUUGGCCUAGGCACUGACAUUCCUGAUGGUGACUGGUUCUGUAAGGACUGCACAACAGCCAAGGAGGAGCAUUUGAGGUGUCAGAUUGACGAUGACAAUUCUAGUGAUCAGGGUGAAUUUAAAAUCACCAUUGAAGCUCCAAUAGCUGAUCCAGUUGCUGCUCCUUCCAUUUCGGAUAUCGUGGAUGAGGGUUACCCUCCGAGUUUAGUUCAAAGGACAAGUGUGCAGAAUACUACGCCUUCUAUUUCUUACCCAAUUCCCUCUAUUUAUGAUAUUGUGGAUGAUGAUUACUCCACAAUUCUAAUAGGCAGGAUCAAUGCAAGGAGCAGUAGGCUGGACAGAAGGGCUGAGGAUAUGCCAUCACAGAGUAUUCCAGUUGAAUCUCAAUGUCCUGAAUCCUGUAAGGACCGAGAUAAUGGUCGAGUAUCGUCACAUGAUCAUUCUCGCUUGGAACCUGAGGGAGCUAGAACACUGCGUAAUUCCCGCAAGCUUAGUAGCCGUAUAAUGGAAUUGCGUGAGAACUGGUCUGCUCUCCGUGCAGGUUCCAUUGGGUUUACCACACAUAUACACAAUAGAAGGGGAAACGUUACUCGAACCAUUUCUAAUACAGAGCAUCGGCGAUGUGCAACGACAAUCAACAAUAGCCAAAAUAGUGUUGGUACUUCUGAUAUGGAGGAACGUCAUCUGUCCUCAACAGCCUUCACAGAGGUGGCCACUUCCUCAUCUCGCUGUGCUAACAAAAUUCCACAUAAGGAUGGUUCUGAUGUCCGUAAGGCAUGGAAAAUGCUAGAAAUAGCAAGAUUGCCGGGUGGGAAGAAGAAACCUAACAAACCUUCCUCCCUUAACUGCAGUGUUCCAUUCUCCAUGGGUAAUAAGUCAACUUCAUACAGCCCAAUCGAUACAAUUUUAGGACAUAAGAACAACAAACUGUAUGAUGACAUAACUCAGAAGAACAAUGCAGAAUAUAAUCGUAGUACAAACAUGGAAAAUAGACUGCCAACAGUGAAUUUUGGAAAAGGCCAUAAAAUGCAAAAGGAAUUCCAUGCAUCGGCUCAUGGAAGAAUACCUUCUACAAGUAUGAAUGAUAAAGUUGCCUCAUCAAGUAAUAGCGAUAAUGCAGAUCAAAUGCUUGAAUCUUCAUGUGACAUAAGCAGACCGGAGAAAUCCAAAUCAGGUAUAUCCUGUCCGUUUACGUUUAGUUCAUUGUCUGACCAGUCCAUGGUGACCUCAUCACUACAACUAAGACCUGGACCAAGAAGCCAAUCUACAGAGAUGAUAAGCCCUCAGGAACCAUCAGGCACGGUGACAUCCAUUAAUAUUGGUACCGCUGGAGCAAAGGGCGAAGUUAGAAAUUCUGGACCAGAUCGUCAUAAGCUUAAGAGAAAACUUGGUUCCGAAACACAUGAUGAUCAGGGAUCAAAGAGAUCUAGAUCAAGUUGGAAAAUAAGAAAAUGUGAUAUUUCAUUUUUGGCUAUUCGCGAGUUGAAGCUGCUCAAUAUAGACAAAACUUAUGGUUCUGACACUUUCAAGGAAGUUGCUCGAGCAGCAACACAUACUGUGUUGGCCUCCUGUGGAUUGGAACAUUCAUCAUCGGUAGCUCUCGCAGUCCCAAGACCGGUUUGCAAGCACACCUGCAGAACUGAACCUCACCAAUCUCCAGCGCUGACCAGUUUUUGCAGAGAAUGCUUGUGUAAUUUUGUAAAAGAAGUCAUUGGUUUAUUGCUGUCUGUCAGGAAGAUGGACCAAACUGCUUCCUCGUGUUAGGUUCAGAAUUUAGGCACAGCUGUUGUUUUCUUUACUGUAAUUACUUAAUGUGAAUAUCCUGCAGCAGAAAGUGUAGAUAGUGUAGACAUGUUGUACAUUCUAUACCAUGUUAAGGUUACCUUGCAAUGCAGUUUUUUU